AGCGAACCGGUGAGGGGCGCGCUCACGCGAACAGGUUUCUAUGGUUACAGAUGCGCGCGCAAGCUGUACUUGUAGCAUGUUUCUAUGGUUACCGAGGCCGCGUUACCAACGAAGCUUCAGUCGCUUUCAUUUCGGGAAAAAGAAAUACAGUACAAUAACAGUCAAGAAACAGAGUGCGUUCAUCGGAAACUAGUAAAGUUCAGUCGGUUAUUCACGAUGGAUUUCGGCAACAAACUGGAAGAACUGAACCUGACGCGUGAUGAAAUGAGUCGGCUCGGUGAAGCGCUAAAAGACGAGAAGUUCCGCGAGUUACUGCGCGAUUAUGUCGCGGAGAUCUCGAACCCCGAGAACCGGAGAAAAUACGAGGAAGAGAUCUCUCAGCUGGAGGAGCAGAGAGGAGUCAGCGCGCGCUUCCUCCACCCGGAGCCGCAUCACGUGCUGAAGACGCGCGACGCGCGCGGGAAACUCUUCAUCAAUAUCUGCUCCGAUCCGCUGAUCGAGAAACCCUUGAGCGAAGCGGCCAGAGGCCCGCGAGGGACCCCGGGACACCGCUGGCGCGUGCCGUUCAGCCUAACGCCGGCCAGACAGGACCGGGACGCCGCCGGAAACAGCUGCGUGACCCAUGACGUCAUCUUCCAUCCUGACGCGCUGUGCCUGGCGGGAAACAGCAGGAGAUUCACGAAGCUGCUCCACAGCACCGCCAUCGGAGGAAUAGAGGACUCCUUCCAGGUCAAGCUGGAUAAACAAAACAUAAAGCAGCUCAAGAUGAAGUAUAAAGGUGUUCCACAGGCAGCGCUGAUCCGCAGACCGAUUCCUGGACACCAGCAGAACGCCCGUGAGGACCUGCUUUCCUUCCCAUACCCAGACCAGAGCCACACAGAACCAGAACCGGACUCAAACCAUACCCACACAAAACAAGAUGUCAGAUCAUCAUCCCAUCAGCCCCCAGUGCCGGAGUACAGCGUGAAGUAUCGCUCAGUCGUGGAUCUGCAGGACUACAGGUGCUCCAGAGACUCGGGGCCCGGGGCCCGGCCCACACAGAUCAUUAUCACCGUAGAGUUACCGCUGCUGGGAUCCGCUGGAGACGCUGAGCUCAGCGUGAAGCAGCGCCGGCUUGUUCUCGAGGCUCAGAAUCCACCCUACAAACUAGAUCUUAAGCUCUCGUAUCCUGUGGAUGAAGACAAAGGUCACGCCAAGUUCAACAAAACUAAGAAACAGCUGACCAUCACUCUGCCUGUUCGACCGGCAACGAGGGUAGAGUCACAGCAGAUCAGAAGUGAUGACAUGAGCAGCAAUGAUGAGGAAGAUGAGGAUGAAGCAGAUCAAAACCCUAAACAGGAAGUUCCUGAGCCCAAACCAGACUGCAGUACUUUAACCCACUCUGCAGGACUACAGCCUUCAGCAUCAGAACCUCAGAUCACCGGUCUCACGGCAGAACCGGAUCAGAUCUGCUUUGAAGAAACUAACGUCAAUCAGCUGGUCAACCACGCAUCAAACACAUUUUGCAGUGAAUUUGAAAUCACAGUAAAUGGUGGAGAUGAAGUGAGCAGCGCUCCGGAGACAGAGAACAUCGAGGAAUCUGAGCCAAACACAGCGAGGGAAGCAUUACUUCCACAGCAGCCGCUGAUGACACCAAUGAACCAGCAGGAGGAUCAAUGUUCUUCUCAAGAUGCUGAAGAGCCAAAGACAAGACGUUCUUCAGAAGACCACGAGAACAAAGCUGUGCGACUCCAGGAGGAAGCUGACAGAUUAACUCUGAGAGAGAUCGAGUCUGACAGCAGAGACGUCUUCAUCUGCUCUCACAAGAAUUUGUCCACCUUGUGCUUCCAGAACUCUCUGUGGUCCGAGUUAGACUGAACCUACUCUGUAUCACACUAUCAGUAGCUACGAGAACAGAGUUUGCUUUCAGGAAAAGUUACUUAAUGUUAGAUCAGAUACAUAAGUUUAAUGUUUAAAUGUAGAGUACAGUAGAACUCCUUUUUGUUCGGAAACUAACUUUGUUUGAAAUAAAAAAAGUUUGAAAAAGCACAAAACUAACAACAAAA